AUGACCCGCCUCCAGCAGAUCCUCUUCGCCGCGCUGCUCUGCGCCACCGCCGCGCGCCCGACCGAGCGCCGCCGCCUCGGCGCGGACCUCGACCUCGUCAAGCUCGCCAAGGCCGCGGGCGACGGCGAGCUCGGCUCCCGGGUCCUCUUCAAGGUCGACGGCGAGCACGCGCUCGCCAAGUCCGGCGACCGCGAGGCGCUGGCCAAGCGCGUCGCCGCGGACCUCGACUGCGACGAGCACGAGCCCGUGCGCGUCUUCCGCCCCGCGGGCAAGCACGAGGCGAAGCACGUCGCCGCCGGCCUCCACGACUGGUACGCGGUGCGCUGCAGCCGCGCGCCGGAAAAGGCCGCGGCCGCGAAGAAGACCUUCGACGCGCUGACCAAGUUCCUCGACGAGGCGGACCACGACGGCGUCGUCGUCGUCGAGCCCGAGCUCGAGCACGCCCUCUCCUGGACGCCCGACGACCCCCUCCUCGGCACGCAGCCGCAUUACGACGCGAUUCGCAUGCCCGAGGCCUGGGACGUCGUCCGGGGCGACGCGUCCAUCGUCGUCCAGGUCCUCGACACGGGCAUCGACAUGGCCCACCCGGACCUCCAGCUGAACAUCUGGCGCAACGAGGGCGAGAUCUGCGGCAACGGCGUCGACGACGACGGCAACGGCUACGUCGACGACUGCCACGGCUACAACCACGCCGACGACGAGGGCGCGAACCUCCUCGGCGACCACUGGCACGGCACGCACUGCGGCGGCACCAUCGCCGCCGACAGCAACAACGGCGUCGGCGUCGCGGGCGUCGCCGGCGGCGACGGCGCCGCGGACUCGGGCGUCAAGCUCAUGAUCUCCGUGGGCUUCGGCAACAACGGCAACAUCGGCGGCUUCGCCGAGGCGCUGACCUACGGCGCGGACAUGGGCGCCCAGAUUAGCUCCAACUCCUGGGGCUACACGGCGCCGGGCUUCUGGAGCCAGGCCGAGCUCGACGCCAUCGACUACUACAACGCGCAAAACGGCAUCGUCGUCUUCGCCGCGGGCAACAGCAACUCGGCCGAGGACUACUAUCCCGGCUUCUACGAGGGCGCCGUCGCCGUCGCCGCCGUCGACGACUCCGGCGUCCGCGCGUCGUUCUCCAACUACGGCGACUGGAUCGAGAUCUCCGCGCCGGGCGUGAGCGUCUACUCGACGUACACGCACGGCAUGGACUACGGCUACGCGAGCGGCACGUCCAUGGCCUGCCCCCACGUCGCCGGCGUCCUGGCGCUCGGCUGGUCCAUCGACGCGGCCAUCCCCCGCGACGCCUUGCUCUCCUGCGCGUACGACACGUCGAUCGACAUCGCGGACUCGAACACGGGCUACCCGGGCCAGCUCGGCUCCGGCAUGAUCGACGCCAAGGCCUUCGUCGACUGCGCGGCGGACCUCGCCAACACGAAGCCGCCGACGGCCACGCGCGCGCCGACGGCCGCGCCGACGGCCGCGCCGUCGCCCGCGCCGACGGCCACCGCUCGGCCGACGGCCGGCUGCGGGCCCUGCGACGGCGUCCUCGAGCUCGCCCUCGUCACGGACUCGUACCCCGCGGAGACGUCCUGGAGCCUGGCGCUCGACGCGUCCGCGCCGGACAACUGCGAAGACGCGUCCGCGACGUCGGGCGGCUACGCGGACGCGAACUUCGACUACGGGGCCGUCGUCAUCGCGACGCAGAUCUGCCCGGGCCAGGCCUACACCUUCGAGCUCGCCGACUCCUUCGGGGACGGCAUCUGCUGCGGCUACGGCGCGGGGUCGUUCUCGCUGAGCCUCGACGGCGUCGUCCUCGCGUCCGGCGGCGACUUCGGCGCGUCCUUCUCCCUCGACUUCGUCGCGCCCGAGGCGGACGACGACGACGACGACGACGACGACGACGACGACGCGGCCGCGCCGUCGGCCGCGCCGACGUCCGCGCCGGCCCCGGCGCCGACGGCCGCGCCGUCGUCGCCGCCCACGUCCCACCCGUCCCCGGAGCCGACGACGGCCGCGCCGUCGUCCCUGCCGACGCCCGCGCCGUCGUCCCUGCCCGCGCCGUCGCCGACGGCCGCGCCCGCGCCGUCGCCGACGGCGCUACCCGUCGCGGCGCCCACGGCGGACGACCCCUACGCGCCGACGACCCGGCCCGCGCCCGCGCCCACGCCGCGGCCAACGGUGCCCGCGCCGUCGCAAGCGCCGACGACCCGGCCCGCGCCCGCGCCCACGCCGCGGCCGACGGUGCCCGCGCCGUCGCUAGCGCCCGUGCCCGCGCCGUCGAACGCGCCGACGCCGCGCCCGACGCCCCGCCCCACGCCCCGGCCGACGCCCCGCCCUACGCCGGAGCCGACGCCCCAGCCGACGCCCCAGCCGACGCCCCAGCCGACGCCCCAGCCCACGCCCCGGCCGACGCCCGCGCCGUCGCCCGAGCCCACGCCCGCGCCGUCCAAGGAGCCGACGCGCGCGCCGCACCCCGCGCCGACGGCCAAGCCCACGGCGCUGCCCACGACGCCGAAGCCGUCCCUCGCGCCCGUCGCCGCGCCCACGGCCGACGAGGGCACGUGCGUCGACGACGCGUCGUGGCGCCACUACUCGCGCGGCCGCGAGCGCGACAACCGCGACUGCGCGUGGCUCGACGGCCGCGACUCGAAGAGCCGCUGCGACCGCUACAAGGACGGGGCCGGCGUCCGCGCGCGCGACGCGUGCUGCGCCUGCGACCAGUACUACGCGCCCGCGCCGACGCCCGCGCCGACGCCGCUCGGCUUCUGCGCCGACGACGACGACUGGCGCUUGGCGAAGAAGGGCAAGACGAAGAAGAACAGGGGCUGUGAAUGGAUCGCGAACAAGGGCGCGUCGAAGAGCCGCUGCAAGUCCAAGGACAUCGACGGCGUCCGCGCGUCCGCAGCGUGCGGCUGCCCCCAGCCCCGGGCGAAAAACGCCCCAGAGAGAGUACGUACGUUCACGCCGAUCCUCGACUGCGAGUCCAUGUUGAAGGUCGAGCUCUACCUCGACGCCCACAAGCCGGGGCUUCCCGGCAUCAAAGCAACCGACCCGCUCCGCGGGUCUUCAGCAAGAGCCCGCUUCCACGCGGUGCUGUGAUACCGGGAGGUUCCCAAAAGCAACAACAACCAGAUGCGCGCCGUCGCGUACGCGCUCGUCGCGGCCGUCGCGGCCGCGCGCCUCGGCGCGCCGCCGCGGCGGCGCCUCGAGGACUCGCUCGACAUGGAGAAGCUCUCCGAGGACGCCGCCGUCGGCGCGCUCGGGUCGCACGUGCUCUUCAAGCUCGACGGCGACGACGCGCUCGUGAAGCGCGGCGACGCCGCGGCGGUCACGGCCAAGGUCGUCGACGCGCUCGGCUGCGACGGCGAGGCCACGCGCGUCUUCCGCCACGCGGGCAAGCACGAGGCGGCCCACGCCGCCUUCGGCCUCGACCUCUGGUACGAGGUCGCGUGCGAGGCCGAGGGCCCCGUCGAGGGCGACCCGUCCGAGCAAUGCGAGGACUCGCCGUCGUGGUACCAGGGCACGAAGAAGUCGAAGACCUGCGCCUGGGUCGCCGAGAAACCCGCGAGCCGCUGCAAGGACACCGUCCAGUCCAGGGACGGCGUCACGGCCAGCGUCGCCUGCCCCGAGGCCUGCGACGCCUGCCCGGCGGACGUCGGCGACGCGGCGCCGUGCGAGGACUCGCCGACGUGGUACCAGGGCAAGAAGACGACCCGCACCUGCGCGUGGGUGGCCAAGAAGCCCGAGAAGUACUGCGCCUUCGAGUCCCGCGCCAAGGUCCCCGCGAGCGCCGCGUGCCCGGUCGCGUGCGACAGCUGCCCGGGCCGGCCCGGCCGCCGCCUCGCGGCGGCGCGCCAGUACAAGGCCGUGGCGGACUCGCAGAGCGUCUACGACGCCCUCCGCCGCUUCCUCGACAGCGACGCGCACGACGGCGUCGUCAUCGUAGAGCCCGAGCUCGACUACGCGACGUCCUUCACGCCCGACGACCCGGGCCUCAACACGCAGUCGCACUACGACGCCAUCAACCUCCGCGAAGCCUGGGACCUCACGACGGGCGACCCCAACGUCGUCGUCCAGGUCCUCGACACGGGCAUCGAGCUCGACCACCCGGACCUCCAGCUGAACAUCUCGUCCAACUCCUGGGGCUACACGAACCCGGGCGCCUACUCGCAGUCCGUGCUCAACGCCAUCGACUACUACAACGCGAAGAGCGGCAUCGUCGUCUUCGCCGCGGGCAACAGCAACUCGGAGAGCGCGUACUACCCGGGCUACUACGAGGGCGCCGUGGCCGUCGCGGCCGUCAAGAACUCGGGCGUCCGCGCGGACUUCUCCAACUACGGCGACUGGAUCGAGAUCGCCGCGCCGGGCGUCAGCGUCUACUCGACUCUGACGGGGUCGACCUACGGCUACGCGUCGGGCACGUCCAUGGCCGCGCCGCACGUCGCGGGCAUGCUCGCGCUCGGCAUGGCCGUCGACAUCACGUUCCCGCGCGACGGCCUGCUGUCCUGCGCGUACGACACGGCGAUGCCGAUCGACGACCUCAACCCCGACUACGAGGAGAAGCUCGGCAUCGGCAUGACCGACGCGGACAAGUUCGUCCAGUGCGUCAUGAACGGCGGGGCGGCCGAGCCCCCGACGCCUCGCCCGACGCGGAAUCCGACGCCUCGUCCUACGCGUCAGCCGACGCCCGCGCCGACGCGCAAUCCCACGCCGGCUCCCACCAAUCGGCCCACGGAUCGCCCUACGCGGAACCCGACGCCCAAGCCUACGCCGCGCCCGACGGCCAAGCCCUCCGAGGCGCCGACGCCCAAGCCCUCCGAGGCGCCGACGCCCGCGCCGUCGCCCGCGCCGUCGCCCGCGCCGACGGAGCGUCCUACCCAGCGUCCUACACCGCGGCCCACGCCGCGGCCGACGCCCAAGCCGUCGGCCGCGCCGACGGCCAAGCCGUCGGCCGCGCCCACGCCCGCGCCCACGUCCAAGCCCAGCGCUUCGCCGACGCCCGCGCCGUCGAACGCGCCGACGCCCAAGCCCUCGGCCAAGCCUUCCGAGGCGCCGACGGCCAAGCCUUCCGAGGCGCCGACGGCCAAGCCCACGGCCAAGCCGACGGAGAUGCCCACGGAGAAGCCGACGGCCGCGCCUACGGAGAAGCCGACGGCCAAGCCGUCGGCCGCGCCUACGGAGAAGCCCUCCGAGGCGCCCACGCCGCGGCCUUCGGCCGCGCCCACCACGCCUUCGCCGACCGAGGAGCCGUCGGCCGUGCCGACGCCCGCGCCCUCCGGCGUCUGCGAGGACUGGACGACGUGGUACGAGGGCACCAGGAAGGCCCGCACCUGCGCGUGGGUGGCCGAGAAGCCCAACAGCCGCUGCGAUCGCGAGUCCAAGGCCGGGGUGUCGGCCCGCGACGCGUGCCCGCAGACAUGCGACGACGCCUGCGCGCCGACGGCGUCGCCGACGGCGUCGCCCACGGAGAAGCCAACCGCUGGGCCGACCGAGGAGCCGUCGGCCAAGCCGUCCGCGGCCCCGACGGCCGCCCCCACGGGCGCGCCCACGGAGGCGCCGUCCCCGGCGCCGUCCGCGGCCCCGACGGCCGCCCCCACGGGCGCGCCGUCGGCCGCGCCCACGGGCGCGCCCUCGGGCGCGCCGUCGCCCGCGCCGACUUCGUCGUCCACGGAGACGCCUUCGGCCGCGCCGACGGCGCUCGUCACGGACCCGCCGUCGGCCGCGCCGUCGGCCGCGGCCACCGACGCGCCCACGGGCGCGGACACGUCCGCCCCCACGGGCUCGCCGUCGGCCGCGGCGACGGGCUCGCCCUCGGCGAACCCGACGGCGGCGCCGACGGCCGUCGCGACGGACCCGCCGCGCGACGACCCGCCGCGCGACGAUCCUCCGCGCGACGAUCCGCCGCGCGACGAUCCUCCGCGCGACGCGCUGCCGACCCCGGCGCCCAGCUCGUACUGGGAGUCGGAUGACGACGACGACUCCUUCGGCGCGUCGUACAGCUACGACUUCGACGACGACUGGCUCGUCCCGACGGCCGCACCCGUCGCCAAGCUCACGCCCGCGCCGUCGGCCGCGCCGACGGGCAUCGCGACGAGCACGCCGUCGGCGCGCCCCACGGCCAUCGUCGUCACCGACGCGCCGUCGGCCGCGCCGUCGGCCGCGGCCACCGACGCGCCGACGGCCGCGGCCACCGACGCGCCGACGGGCACGGCCACCGACGCGCCGAGUGGCAAGCCGUCGGCCCGCCCUAGCUUCGACUUCGGCGACGACGACCACUUCGGCAUGGGCUCGUACUCCUUCAGCUACGUCUGGGAGGACGACGACGACACGUGGGGCAAGCCCACGGCCAAGCCCAUGGCCAAGCCGACGCUCGCGCCGACGUCCUCGCCGAUGCCCGCGCCGACGUCCUCGCCGACGCCCGCGCCGACGUCCAAGCCCUCCUCGCGCCCGUCCGCCAAGCCUUCGCCCGCGCCGUCGCCCGCGCCGACGCCCGCGCCGUCGGCGCUCGACUUCGGCGACGACGACCACUUCGGCAUGGGCUCGUACUCCUUCAGCUACGUCUGGGAGGACGACGACGACACGUGGGGCAAGCCCACGGCCAAGCCCGUGGCCAAGCCGACGCUCGCGCCGACGUCCUCGCCGAUGCCCGCGCCGACGUCCUCGCCGACGCCCGCGCCCACGCCCGAGCCGUCGGCCAAGCCCUCCUCGCGCCCGUCCGACAAGCCGACGCUCGCGCCGACGAUCGACUGGUCGUCGACGGACGACGCGUUCUCCUUCUCCUACUCGUACGUCUACGGCGGCGGCGACGACGACUGGACGGGCACCACCUGCGCCUGCUCCGCGUUCUACAACGGCGCCGACGCCGAGGACGAGUUCCUCUGCGUCAAGAAGUCCAACGGCGUGUGCCGCCCGCCCAACGGCGGCGACGGCCUCUGCCCGGGCGACCACGACAUGUGCUCCAACAAGCGCAAGGGCUGAAGCCCCGGCAAGCCACCGGCGCCUCCGCCCUCCCCCGCCCCCCCCUGCCUGUUCACGAUAAGAAAGCUACUUGUCCC